GCUUCUCUGCCUGCUGGUUUUGGAAUAAUACACAUUGUAAAGACAAAGAGGAAUACCAACAAGAGACAAGUUAUGGAUGAAAAAAUACCGCGUCUGCAGGACAGGCAAUUUAUGGAUCAUGCUGAUUUCUUAGGGGUGGAAUACUCCUCACUCUACAUGUGUAAAUCGAAAAGAGGGCUGAAGCGCGAAGAUGGCAAGGACGCAUACAAGUUACCACACCGAUUGAUAGAGAAGAAGAGGAGAGACAGAAUCAAUGAGUGUAUCGGACAGUUAAAGGAUUUGUUACCCGAACAUCUCAAACUGACGACGCUCGGGCAUUUGGAGAAAGCAGUUGUUCUUGAGUUAACGUUGAAGCAUUUAAACGCUUUGACUGCAGUCACUGAGCAGCAGCACCAGAAGAUUAUGGCUUUUCAGAAUGGGGAUCUAUUGAUGAAAAUGCCCAUUCGCGCUGAUUUGGAUGCGUUCCACUCGGGGUUCCAAGCGUGUGCCAAAGAGGUCCUGCAGUACCUAAACAAGUUGGAGAACUGGAAUACAUGCGAGCAGCGGUGCGCGCAGCUCAUCAGCCACUUGCACAAAGUCUCGGCGCAGUUUCAGCCUGAGCCACUGCUCCAUCCCCAGCUACCUGUCAGAGACGCGCUCGACCGCGAUGGCCAAAAACCAGACAGCCAAGCCGGACAUGACCGCGUAUCAGUCAUACAGAGGAGCCAUGGAGAGCUUAACGAGAAUGACACAGACACAGACAGUGGAUACGGGGGUGAGGCGGAAAAGAAUGAUGGGAAGAAAGGAUGUGACCGGAGCAAACUGCAGGGGCCCAAGGCAGUAAAGAUAAAGCAGGAGUUCGAGGAUGACCGCGCUGCCAAAAAAACAAAGAUGAACUGGGUUGGAAACUGCACGACAAGCGCAGACGCGACCACCAGACCUGAUCUGGUCUUUAUGAAUUCGUUGAUGGGAAUAACUGGCGUGGGACAGCAGACUCCCUUUUGCAUGCCCUUUUACUUCAUAAACCCCUCGGCGGCAGCGUCCUACAUGCCUCUAUUUGACAAAAGUAACCUGGAGAAGUUUGUGUACCCAGCUGCAGCAGCGACGACGAUCUCAUCUCAGUUUCACUGGUUAUACCCUGGCCUCAACUCACAUGCGUCGGCAGCUGCGGCCGCAACAGCCGGUGUUUUUUCCCGCAUGUCGACAGAGAAGAUCUCUGGAUUCGGUUCCGACUCCAAGGACUCUCCCUCCGACGACAGUGACAUGUCAAACGUGGUGGAGCCGGGCUCACCUGAUGAGAGGGAGGACAAUCUUGAGAAUGAUGAAGAUGACGAUGAUGAUUAUGAUAAGGAAUUAGGGGAUGACUCCCCAGACAAUGAAAAUGACAGUACAUAAUUAAGGUGACAUUUUGAGAUUUUGUUUUCUUUCUUGUAAAAACUGGCUAAUUUAACUGUGUAUGUGUUAAAUUGAUGUGCAUUCUGCAUUUUAAGCCUAUGUUGUUUACGAUUCUCCGACAGCUGUCUGGUUUUACCUUAUUUUCGUAUUUUCGAUAGAUUUUUAUUGAUAUAGGAGUUUCGAGACAAGUUUCACAGUUAAAUUUCUCCUGUAUCUUGGCCAAGCAGGGGGAAGUUGUGACAGUGUGUGCCUUUUGCACUUAAUGCGAGAAUAAUCUGAAUGUUAAUCGACAAUGAUUGACACUAACAACAUGUACACGUCUGUUAUUACUAAAAUCAUAGGUUAUAUUGAGCUGGAGUUUUUCCAUUAACACAACCUUUAAAACUGCGAAUAUCAGUGCCAAAACAUCAAGACAAACAAUCUGCUUAUAAGCAAUAUUGCCCUCUGAUCCCCAAUCAGCUAGUGACUUUGGAUGUAGGAUGUUGUAACUGACCUACGCCGAGGUCAACAUUGCAGGUCAACAUUUCUGACUCUGACUGUACAGUAUGACUAAUUGUGAUAGGUGUGAUUUGAUCCAUGUCCUUGUUUAUGCACUAAAUGGGCCUCUGUAUAAAGUGCUUGAGAAAGUUACUUAGGUACCUCAAACCGAGAUGUCCACCCUGGAUCAUAUUGAAAGGAAGCACGUCAUUGGAAGAUGCUGUUUUAUGACAAUUGACAAUUAUAUCCCUGAUUGGUUGGCAUCUCUGCACACAUAAUGGGACACCCCGUGACCAGUCAGCUAAACCUCCAGCAAAAUUAUACUAGGCAUGAACUUUGAUAUUGAAUGUAACUACCUUUGUUUUUCUUAGCUCUGGAAGUUUCAGAGAUAAAGUGCACUUGUUUCUGCCUUUGAAAAAUCUCCCCGUUCCUUCCCAACACUCACUUUCCAACUAUUGUAGUCCAUCACUGUAUGUAUUUUUUAAAAUACAUUUUUCUUGAAGAAAAUCAAUAAACUAGAGGGCAGAAACUUUACGCCAGACUGUAUAGACUGUGUAUGUGUUUGAAGAACAAGAUACUAGGCUACUACAGAUCACGAGGCUUUCUAGUGUUUUUGAAUAAACAUAAGCCACAAAUCAUAAUUAAUUUUGGGUUAUACGUCUUAUUGUAUUUAUAAAGCUACAUGAAACAACUUAUACUCCGCCUCCGAAUGAAGAAGAAGCUCUAGUAUCACAUUCUAAUACAUACACAAACUUACAUUCAGAUUAGGUGUAUGUAGUUGGAGGUAACUUUGGUCCGGUGACCAAAAGUUCUGAUAAAUGUCCUUUUAAAAUGUACAAUCCUUUUAUUUCUUGAGAGAUGUACUCCUGCAAUUGUGAUGUUUAUCAUGUUUGAGUUUCUUGUGUGAGUGACUAGAUUUGAUUUGCAUAUCCAAUAUUGUUUAUUUUUUGCUUCUGUUCAGCAGCUCUUGCCUCAAAUCCAUUAUGUUUUCAACUGUCAUUAAAAGUGGCAUGUGUGUGUAAAUAGUUUUGUGAAUAUACUAUGGAAUAUAUGUCCGAUGUCAAUGUUAUAGAAGAAAGGUAGAACAACAACAACAACAACAAGAUUGAACUGAGAAAUUGUUGCACAUUUCGUUAAUGCUUUACACAUAUAAUGUUGUAAAUUAUU